CGUCGGAGGCCAGUCACACCUGCUGCCAAGCGCCACCGCUGCCCGUUCCCGGGCUGCAACAAAGCCUAUUACAAGUCGUCACAUCUGAAGUCCCACCAGCGCACCCACACGGGGGAGCGCCCCUUCUCCUGCGACUGGCUCGACUGCGACAAGAAGUUCACGCGCUCCGACGAGCUUGCCCGCCACUACCGGACACACACGGGCGAGAAGCGCUUCUCCUGCCCGCUCUGCCCCAAGCAGUUCUCCCGGAGCGACCACUUGACCAAGCACGCCCGCCGCCACCCGGCCUAUCAUCCCGACAUGAUCGAGUACCGGGGGCGCCGUCGCACACCCCGCGUCCACGCGCAACCUGCCAGCCUGGUGGACAGCUCCGGCUCCGGCUCCGACCAGGCGUCCAGCCUUACCGCCAGCCUGUCUGACAGUCACUGCUGCUAGUCGUCCCCCGCCAGGACGACCCCCCAGCCAUACUACCCCUGCCUUCUUUCUGCCCAACCUUCUUCCCCCGGUGUCGUGCUACCAAGGCACAGACUGGUUCCUCCGCUCUGAGGGUGGGUCCAGACUGGCAUGCUGGACCCUGGGGAGGGACUGGGGGCCUGAAAAGAGCAGGAAUUCCUACACCACGUAGAUCAUCCUGAAAGGGGGAGGGUUGCCUCCAGGCAACCCUGGGAACUGAUGAGAAGGGAUGAACCCCCGUACUCUCCGGAGUCCUGAAGAUUCUCCCUUCCCUGGAAGCAGAGAUGUGAAACUGGAAUUCUCAGGUGCCUGAGGAGCUCCCGGUCUUGAAGGACUCUGGUGUCUUACCCACCCGCCAGGGCGGACCUUGAAGCGUGUAUCAGGGGUGGCAGUCUUGGCAGUGUCCAGGACUGGGAUGGUGAGAGGCCUUUGGAAACAGAAAUGAUUUCUAUUUCUGUAAACAGCAAUGUUUACUAAUUUAUUUUUAGUAUCUUUUACACAGGGA